AUGGUAUCCAACAUUCCGGAGAGUGACACUUUAGACAGCCUGCAGCAGGAAGGAGAUAUGAAAGGACCCAGUUUCCAGAGUGCUGAAAGAAAUUACGAUGUGGGUGAUAGGAAGUUGCUGGCCAUCAAAUUAGCUUUGGAGGAGUGGCGACGCUGGCUUGAGGGGGCCCAGCAUCCUUUCCUUGUGUGGACGGACCACAAAAACCUCAAAUAUAUUCAGAAGGCCAAACGUCUGAACCCCAGCAGGAAAGGAUUGUGGCUCCUGUUGGUUGGGGAAUUGAGACAGUGGUUUGACAAGCUCAGCAGAGGGAACCUGACCCUGGUCCUACAAUGGUGGCAUUCCUCUCGGCUAACCAACCAUCCUGGCACCGGCAGGACGUUAGAGUUCCUGAAGAGGUGGCUCUGGUGGCCUGGGAUGAACGCUGAUGUCCAGUCCUUCAUCGCUGCCUGCCCUGUUUGUGCCCAAAAUAAAAGUCCUCACACCCCUCCCCAUGGUCCUCUCCAUCCCCUACCCAUCCCCAAAGGCCAUUGGUCCCACAUCUUCAUGGACUUCAUUACAGGUCUCCCUCCUCCCUCCAAAACUUCAUCUGCCGCUGCAGACGUGUCUGGCGGAGGGUCCGGUCUUCCCUACUCAGGUCUGCACGACGCCACCAAUUCCAGGCCAACCCCUCCACCUCAGCGUGAGAAACCCAUUGUGUUGUUGUGGUUCUGGCCAGAAAAUUUCAGGUUCCAGCUCUCAGAAUGCAAAACUCUGUUCAACAUUGAAAGCUGUAACUUGACAGAUGACAGAUCUGUGUACCAUAAAGCAGAUGCAGUGCUCAUAUAUCACAAAUCUAUCGCAAGGGAUUUGUCCAACCUACCUCCAUCGCCACGACCACCCUUUCAAAAAUGGGUUUGGUUCCAUUUAGAGUCACCUACAAACACACGCAAAAUACCUGGGCUUGAGAACCUGUUUAACUUGACUCUGAGCUACAGAAAGGAUGCUGACAUUUCUGUGCGUUAUUAUCUGAAAGUAAAAAAGAACCCUGGUGAGGAAUUUGUCAUACCUAAAAAGGACAAGCUCGUUUGCUGGAUCGUAAGCAACAAUAAUCCAGGCACUGGUACAGGAGUCAGAUAUAAAUUUUAUCAAGAGUUUAUUAAGCACAUUAAAGUAGAUCUUUUUGGCAAGCUUUCUGGGAAAUUUCUGAAGCAUGAAGACUACUAUUCCACCAUAGCCAGUUGUAAAUUCUAUCUCUCCUUUGAGAACUCCAUUCACAGAGACUACAUCACCGAGAAGCUAAAUGGACCACUGUCUGUAGGAACUGUUCCUGUGGUGCUGGGUCCUCCCAGAAAAAACUAUGAAGACUUUUUCCCAAGUGAUGCUUUUAUUCAUGUCAAUGACUUUCCAAAUGCAGAAGCACUGGCUAAAUAUCUCCUUCAGUUGGACAAAGAUGAAGCAGCUUACCACAAAUACUUUCAAUGGCGAAACUAUCUGACUGCUGAACCUCACCUGCUGUCGACACAAGAGGGUUUAUUUCAUAUGUUAGCUGUUUGUCAAAGUCUUAUAAUAUUCUCAGGAAACCACAGCUAA